CUGGCUUUCACUCCGCCGCCGCCAGACCGCCGCGUCGCGCCGCGCUCGAUAUGGCCAUGGGUAACAUCAAUUCGGUGUGGACGCUGCUGGUAGUGCUCACCACGUGCAAAUCGGGGGACCUGGCGGCGCAGAGGGUGGAGCUGUGCGAGAGGGAGAAGUACCUGCCGUGCCUCAACAUGGCUCGCCCUCUACUCACGCAGGCCCACCUCGUCUUCCCGGACAACAAGCGCGACAUAGACGAGAUGUGCAAGACAUGGUUAAGAUUUGAAGAAUGCAUAAAUGACUAUACAAAGGACUGCUUUACAGAAAACCAGCAAGAGGAAUUUAAAAAAGCUGUCGAAAGCCCAGUGGACCUUGUCCAUCGAAUGUGCACUGAGCAUCAGUACCAGCAAGAGUACCUUCAACAAGCAGCAUGCAUUCAGUCAACAAUCACGAGAGAAGGACACUGUUCUCCUCAUUAUAAGCGUCUGUUAGAUCAGGUUAUGGGAGAAAAUGAACCAGGGCAUCUGUGCUGUUUCCAUAAUCAGUUUCGUGAAUGUGUUCUGAGUGAAACAAAACGUAAUUGUGGAUCAGCAGCUGACCCAGAGUCUGCUGUAGAAUUCUCUCAACAAAUAUUAGAUAAGGCUCUGAACUUCUUGCAUGUUCAGUGUAGCAAAUACCCAUUAAAUCCAGAAAACUGUUUACCACCUCCUACAGUACCGAUGGACAACUUGGCAAGGACGAACAAUUACUCACCAAUUAAUGAACUGGUGCAUCAACAGCGAUCAACAGAUGAUAUGAUGUCAUCAAAAUGGCAGUCCACUGCAGGGAGCAGCUACGUGCCGUCGACGUGGACGGCGCAGUUCCCGGCCAGCACGCACAGCCCCAGCCCGUUCCACCGGCAGACGCCCAGCCAGAGUUGGCCGCCACUGCCCAGCAGCCAGCCGGCGUCCCCCACCGACUGGCCGGCGUCGCCCGCGGUAGCAGCGGCGGCCGAGGCGGCGCCCACGGCGUGGCUGCCCAGCGCCAGCACGGCGAGCGCGCCGCACCAGCUGGGCCUCGAACACGCGGCCGUCGGCGCGGGCUUCGGCUUCGGCGGCCAGCCCGACAACGGCGCCGCCAAGCCCACACCGGCUGCCGCAGCUGCCUCGGCACUGCUCGCCGCCGCCCUAGUGCUCCGCUUGUAA